AUUUCAGGGUUAAACGUGUCAGAGUUAAUUUUAACUCAGUAAGUGUAUUUUUAACAUUUAGCGAUUUAAAUGAUGCCCAGUGUUGGAGUUAUUUCGCAGAGUUGAUUGCGUUGGUGUUGAAUUAACUCUGCUGGGAGAUAAAUAAGCUCCUCCCCUCUGCUUCAGUUUGAUUUCAAUCUGAACACGGCUCCAUUUUCUUCAUCUCCUGUUCUACACGGUUUAUCCCAUGCUUAAAUAAAAUGCUGAUCCAUGUAAAGUUUGGUGACCUGCAAAAGUAUGUGAAGUUGGAGGAAGUCGAAGGGCUGUUUGACUUUAAUCAGUUUCAUGAGAAAGUCAUUGAACAAUUUUGCCUGCCACCUGAUACAGAAGUUACAUACAAAGAUGCAACAGAUACUGAAGUUGACGAAGAAAUAUUCAGUGACCUCCUUAGACAAGGCAAUGUGGUACAGACAGUUUUCUGCUAUGAUGAGUUCUCAGAAUGGUCAUCUGCUUCUGACUCAAGCUUCAACUCAAAUGCAUCAACAUCAACAAUACUAAUGGAUGAGAUGCCACGCAAGAAGCAAAAAACUGAGAAUCCUGAUAACUCAGUGUCUGCUAAAAAUCUGGUUGAAGGUGUCCUACAAAGCAAGUCUGGUGGUGAAGAAAUUCUGCAGGAGUAUGAAACUACAGAAACCCUAACUGAUGCCACAAGAAGACAAAUGGUGAACAUACUGGUGGCUCACGUGAUUGAUGAACAAGGGCACCUCCCCACAAAAGCAAUCAGAGAGAAGUAUGCCUUUGGAAUAGUGACAAAGGCAUCCCUCAAGGAUCCAUACACCAAAAAAGGCAAUAUUGAUCAAGACUUCCGUCUCCUAUUCAGUGAAGAAACCUCAUCCAGACUGCUGCAGAAGUGGGAUGUGUUCUUCAAACCAAAUGUCAUCAAGGAGGCUAAGCGUUUCACUUCUCCACCUGAGUUGAGAAGUUUGGUGCAGUCAGCGGAAAGUCUUCAAAGCGAUGACCUCACUAACACAUCUAGCUAUGACCAAGAAAUGGCCUCGCUGUUACUUCUCUUACAUCUUCUUCCACCGCAACCAGGAGGACAGAAGUCUCCAAAAAUCAGUGCAAGUGAUGCAGAUGAGAGACUUGUUGUCAUUCAUAAGUCAUGCUGCAGUUUGGAGGAGCAUCUUCGGGGACAAUGGGGUCUGCAGCCAUACCUCCUUGCUGUUGGGCGUCAGAAAAGCAAGAUUGACAGCUUCUACAUCGUCAUGGAUAAGUGCCUCAUCCCAUGCCAGACAAACAGUUCUCUUGGAACAUUUGAUGAGCUAUUCAAAGCACAUUUUGUGUUUAAUUUCUCUUAUGAUGCUGCAUUGAUGAAUUUCUACACAUUUCUGCAGACAACAGUGUAUAACAUUGACGUGGGCAAAAUGAAGGAAUCGCCCAGAGUUAGGGACGUGAGAGCAAGGCUGCUAAACCAGUCCGUUGAGCUCUCUUGUGAGUAAGUCAGGCUAAAAAAUGUUGACCUGUUUUUAUGUGUCAAAAACUGUAUCCAAGCGGAAACAUUUGAUCAUCAUCAUGCUUUCAAAAUUGUUCAAAGUGAAGAAAGGCAUUUAGUAAAAAUCCCUGAACUUAAAUUUCUUUUGAUAUUCAAAACUCUUAUGGCAUUUCUAAUGAAUGUUUGAUCAUUGUACCACAAUUUAAAAUGUUGGGAACACAGCUGCAAAAAUAAAGUGUU